AUGGCUCUUAAGCGGACUACUGUGCAGUUUGCGAGUUUGCCCAUCAUCAGACGGACAGGAGCCUUGACCGAGUCGACCCAACUGCGCUGGGAUGUAGAGCCACAGCAUGCAGCGGCAAGUGCAAGUAGACGACGAAGUGCUGAUGAUAUCAAUAUAGCGUUUUCCCAUUGCCAAAUGAAUUCACAGGGACCUGUACUAAGAAAGCCAUUGCCCAGUGAAAUUAUACGACGCUCGCAUUCCAAGAGGCUGUCGAACUCGUUUGCGUCAAAAGCUCAACCACCAAGCAUUUUGAGAAGAAAAACAGUGUCGACGAUGACAAAGAUAUAUCGAAAGCCUCUCAAAACCGACGAUAAGCGCCGAUUCCCUCUUGAUGCAACCGUAGCAACAGGCUAUCGCGUGGACUCGAACUGUGGGAAAGAGGCUGGCGAGACACAAGCAAACGCCAAGCCACAGGAACGAGGUGAAUUGUUGACGUCUCCAUGCCAGAAUGCUGCAUUUUAUUCUGGCCUCAGCGGCACAAUCGCCAAUAAAACUGCGAUUGACGAUGGACAGACGAGUCCUGGUUGUGCAGAAGACGCAGAAGCACCGCCACGUACGGGCGCUCAUCUUCUAGACCGUGUCUGGCGGGGCUUAGAGCAAUCCCCUGUCGACCUUGCAGCAACUAGUCCAAGGCUCUCUGUUCCACCUCCUCUUCGUCGCAUAAGCGUUCCCUCCAUCUCCUCGCUGGGCACACUGGAGGCGUAUUCGGGCCUGCAGCCAUCAUCCAGGCUGGGACUGGCACGGCCGUCCCAAUCUGCAAGUGCAAGAGCAGAGAUUAGUCUUAAUCUUAUUGGACCCGGAAAUCUUAAUUCCAGCGACAUGCUGAGUCCCGCGAAUCAGACGCCUGUUCCGCCUGUUCCUAGCGUUGCUGGCACAGCUACCACUCCCAGUCCUGGCCUCAGCCGUUGGUAUGCUGGGAAGAGCCGCGAUGAGGCUGAAAUAUCCACUCAUUCCAGAGGCGUCAGCGAUUCGUCUGCGAACCCUGCUUUUCCUUAUGAAUCCGGCUCUGUCGCUGGCUCAAGCAGCCCGCGGACAAGUUCAAAUGCCCAUGUCUCGCAGGAUGACCUCUUUGACGCGGACCUGGCUGCAAGAGGAUCGCCUCAGCGGAAGCUAGCAUCUCCCAAGAGCAAGCCGGCCAUGGAGAAGUUUAGAUUGUUCAGACGGAAUCGAGGUCCCUCAUUUUCUGAUGAGUCUUCGCCAAAACCUGACCGGUCGCGUCGCGGAGCUUUUGAUAGGCUGGGUGCAUGGUUUAGUCGUUCUCAACAGCAACAGCAGCAGCAAAAUACAACUCCGGUGCAUGGUCGUGCUCCCGAGUCGUCUGUUGCGCAGACAAUGGAAUGGCUUCGUCCGGUGUCGUCGCAUCCAGCCCCGGGACAUACACGCUUCUACUCAGACGACCGGACUGGUCGUGGUCGGCGCCGGUCGAACGUGGAGAGUCAGACAUCGUUCGAGGGACAGCAUCCACCGCCAGAGGGAUACUUUGCGCCCGAGUCCUUCUCUCGCUUCCGGCACUCGCCCCGGGCCUCCCAGAGCAGCCAGCAGUUAGCAUCGGCUUCAGCAGCCUCUCUAUCCCACCAACCUGACAGCUGGCUUGCUUUGCCAGACAGACUGCCGUCACCCGCCGGCUCCUUUUCAUACAGCGGCAGGACCUCCCCACAAUCACCACCACCUGCUCCUCCUCUACCACACCUCCACCUCCAUCACCAGCAACAGAUGACACUACCCCCAAGCCCCCAUCAUCCCCAACUUUCUCCACAACUCUCUCCCCAAUUCCCUUCACCGCCGCACCUCGCCUCCCCCCUCCCCCCAGUCAUCCCCCGCACCCCGCCCUCCCGCGGCCGCAGCGUCGACCGCGCCUAUACGCAAGACCUUCACAUCCGCUCCCGCAGCCCCAAGACCUUCCCGCCACGCCCGGAAGAACGCAGCUACCCCAGCACCGACACCUCUGACCCAGCCAACAACCUGGGGACCUUCCGCAGCAACCCGCGCACCAGCCGCAUCGGCGACCAGGAACUGCCGUGGAAACUCACACUGCCGAGCGACUCAGACGAGGAGCGCGCUGCCGACGCCGGCACGACCGCCACCGCACGCGAGCGUGAGGGAAGUUGGCUGGAGAGUACCACGCAGCAACUCCUGCAGUCGUCGCGGCUGCCGACCUACGAGGAGGACUCGGAGGUGCACGGGCAGCCGCCUCGAUUUGUUGUUGCGGAUGAGAAGGCUGCAGGUGAUGAGCCUGGGGACCAAAGGCGCGGGCAAGGGCAAGGACAAGGACAAGUGCAGAGCCAGCGCCAUCCGCACCGCGGCGAGGCAAGAGCGAUCAAUCCCGACGAUGCACCGGUGGAAUUGCCGGUGCAGCGAGAUGACGACUCGGGCGAGGAGAUCACCAUGUCGAGUACGGCGUAUCCCGGGCAGGAAUGGAGGCCGUUGGGGUUCUCGGGGUGGGAAUACUAG